AGAGGGGGGGGGCUGGUGGUGUAUGUGCUUGGGAAAUUGCGUGACAAAGCGGUAGCAUCGGUGUGUGUUUGGCUGGAUAUCCGUGGGAUUGCUUCAUUUUGGUUCCCAGCUCAGAGCCGACAGGACUAAAGCGUCGUCAUCUCGCAUCCCCACCAGGUUCGAGUGGAGCGUCCAGAUUCAGCUCAGCAGUUCGCCUCUACACUCUUCCGAAGCUGCGUCUCGGGUGUCAAAGCUAACGAAAUGUAGCCACAGAUCCACGGAGAGAUUUGGGGAGGUGGGAGUCAGCCGAGCGUUCUGGGGAAUGCAGUUGACGAGUUCCGGUGGUGGGAAAAUGGACAUCAAGUGUUUUGAGGCUGCCCCUGAGUUCCAGUGGUGGGAAGAGCCUUCAUAGUGGUGCUGUAUGGCAGAAGGGAGGUCAGGGGAACACCUGCACCCUUCACUGUGGUCCCAAACCAUGAAUAUUGUGGGCCAGUUUGCGGAGACGGUGUUUGUGACGGUGAAGGAGCUUUACCGGGGCCUCAACCCGGCCACGCUCACCGGGGGGAUCGAUGUCAUUGUGGUGCGGCAGCCCGACGGAUCCUUCCAGUGUUCUCCCUUUCACGUCCGCUUCGGCAAGCUGGGUGUGCUGCGCUCCAAGGAGAAGAUUGUGGACAUUGAGAUAAAUGGCGAAUCAGUCGACCUGCACAUGAAGCUGGGGGACAAUGGGGAAGCUUUUUUUGUGGAGCAAAAUGAAAACAAGCAGGUCCCAGCCCACCUGUGCACCUCCCCGAUCCCUCAUGAGAACCCGGAGGAGAUGGAGGAGAUCCCCGAGGGAUCCGCCGUCGCCGGGUCUGGCGCCCGAAGGAAGAAACGCCGUCGCAAGCGCAUCCGCUCUGAUACUCACCUGAGGGACGAGGCCAGCUCCUCGUCGGACGAGAGAGAAAGAGAUCCGGCUGGGCAGGAGAGUCCUCUUAAGGAGGAGGCCGCCACGGCGCUGCAUAUCAGUAAAUCGGUGUACUACUCGCUGUCUGAGGAGCCAAGUGAAGAGGUGGGGGCCAUGCAGACCAGAGACACUCCUCAUCCUCACUCAGAUGGAGAGCAGUCGCCCUUGGAGAGUGUCUUCUACAGCCGGUCGUCCUCUCCCAAGAGCGACUCGGAGCUUCUGGUUAAACCCCAAGAGUCCUCUGGGCCUCAGAUGCAGUGGAACUGGGGAGGUUUUCCCAUGCUGUGCCAAUCUGAGAGGACGCCAGUGGAGCAGCAGCAGCUCAUCUCCCCUUCCGGCAGCUGUCAUUUCCGCACCAUUGAGAGACAGGACUCGUUUGACGAGGGCUAUGAGCCUGUGAUCAGCUGUGGCAGAGUGGGCGGUGUGACAGUGGUCAGGCCACAGCCCAGGACUCAGUCCUUAGACCCGUGUGGCCACGCAAGGCAAACCCAUCCUUUAUCUGGGGAGAAAAACUGUCCCAUUGCACUUUCUGACCCCGAGGGGCUGAGCGUGACACAGCAACCAGAAUCCACAUUCCAAAAAGAGGAGAAGAGAGAUUCCUCUGCUGGUCUUAGAAAUGGCACAGAUCCUCUUGCCAGGAAAGAGAGCACAAUCCGUGUGGAUCACAUUGCCCACGUGACUGACGGUGUGACCGAACCAAGCGAGGCACAAAUACAACUCCUAAAAGAGAGCGAGGACUGCACCGUCGAUGCAUCGACUCUCGAUAUUACAGCGAUGUCAAAUCCACAACCGCAGGGUGCCCCAUCGGGUGAAGAGGUUUCCACGAGUGCCCCUGUCAGCGAGGGGGACAGCGGGAUAGAUCCCUGCGCUGAGGGCGCGGAGGAGGAGGGUGGACCUGCAGGUGCUGACGGGUCAGCAGGAGGCUCCCCGACCAACAAAGCAAACUCUCCUGAGACUGCCUUCAAAGUGGAACAACAUGACAAGAAGAAAGGAAAGCGCAAUCACCAUCUGGGACCAACUGGUAUCUACUUGGAUGAUCUGACCACAUUGGAGCCUGACGUGGCUGCUCUCUACUUCCCCAAGAGUGAGGUUGAGGGGGCGUCCCAGCAGGGGGCGGAGCAGGGCUCCUGCUCCGGGAGCCAGUCGCCUCAGUCGGUGGGCACCGGGGCCAUGGACAGCGGGACGGAGUACCUGUCAGAUUCCACCUCCUACAACAUGGACAUCAGCAUGUCCCUCUGCGGACAGGAGGGGGACACCAGCCAAAUCACAAAAGAAAAGUUUAUGCAGCACAUUGUGACCUACCAGGAUUUUACCAACAAUCCAGGAAUCAUCGAGGAUCCGAGUCUUGUGAUCUGCAUCAACUCCAACUAUUACAACUGGGCAGUGGCUGCUCCGAUGGUCUUGUCCAUGACAACAUUCCAGAAAAGCCUACCGAAGAGUACGAUAGAUCAGCUGGUGAAGGACAAGAUGCCUAAAAAGUCUGGACGCUGGUGGUUCUCCUGGAGGAAACGAGACAUGGACACAAACCAGCAAAAGACCUCAAAGGGGGAGCAGGAGGAGUCGCUGGCGAGUGAUAUGUCCACAAUCAAAGGCACUCUGGAUGACAUUGAAAGCGAUGAGGCGGCAGGCCUUGGGCGCAAAGCCAUGAUUCCUUCCAGCCUUUCAACGGAAACCUUGAACGUCACUCAGUGUAUCACCCAGAUUUACCGCAAAUCACUGCGUCUGACCUCCAAGCAGAUCGAGCACUUAAACCUGCGUGAAGGAGCCAACAAAGUGGUUUUCAGUGUGACCACGCAGUACCAAGGCACCUGCCGCUGUGAGGCUGCCAUCUACCUGUGGAACUGGGACGAUCACGUCAUCAUAUCGGACAUUGACGGGACCAUCACGAAGUCUGAUGCUCUGGGUCAUAUUCUACCUCAGUUUGGAAAAGACUGGACACACAAAGGCAUCGCCAAACUCUACCACAAAAUACACCAAAAUGGCUAUAAGUUCCUGUAUUGUUCAGCGCGGGCCAUAGGUAUGGCUGCCAUCACUAAGGACUACCUUCAGUGGGUGAAUGACAAAGGCAUCGUCCUCCCUCAAGGCCCUGUGCUGUUGGCUCCCAGCAGCCUCUUUUCAGCACUACACAGAGAGGUUAUUGAGAAGAAGCCGGAGGUGUUUAAAAUUGCCUGCCUCAGUGACAUCAAGGACCUGUUCAACCCACAGAGAAAGCCUUUCUACGCGGCAUUCGGCAACAGGACCAACGAUGCCUUUGCUUAUAAGCAGGUAGGCGUGCCUGAUACCAGGUUAUUUACCGUCAACCCCAAAGGAGAGCUCAUCCAGGAGAGGAGUAAAGUCAUCAAGUCUUCGUACAGCCACCUCAGUGAGUUGGUGGAACAUUUCUUCCCCAUGCUCUCGGUCGGGGGCAGCAGCACGUCCUCUGCUCUGGACUGUCCUGAGUACAGCAGCUUCUCCUUUUGGAAGGAGCCUCUGCCGGAACUCGACCUGGGAACACUAUUAUAGACACACACACACACACACACACAUGUUUUAAAGCAAGCAUGCACAUGUACAUUCUUUGUAUUCUCCUUCGUAGGGGGGGUUGAAUGGAUUUUUGCCUGGAACAGACUGGAACAAAUUAAGUCAUAAUCAACGUUUUAAAAAAUAUGUGUACACAACAUGCAGUACUUUAUAGUCUUGCUGCGAACUAUGACUGUUGAAACCAUAUUUUGAUGAAAAGUGCUACUUUGAACAUGACACAGCUGGACUGAUACGCCUUAGGACUGUUUUUGUGAUUAUGUUUCAUGGUCAUUCCAAGUUAUGAGUUUAAAGUGAAUUAACGCUGUCUUCAUUUCAUAAGGUUACCAAAAGCCUAUUUGAGAUGCCUAAAUCCAGCACAUACCAAAGCGAUUGCCGGUUGUCUCCGGUUGACCUGGACCGUUUCAUUUCACUCCAGCAGACCCACCCACCGCUGUAAAACCAGCCGUGUGUGUAGUUGGCGAAGGAGCCUCGAGGGGGAGGGGAUAUUUAAAGCUAGAAACAAAUAUGGUGUGAGAAUUUACUUUUUUUUUAAUUGUUAUUUUAGUUUGUUUUAAGUGAGUAAACUGGGGUUUUCCCUGAGCAAUGUUGAGCUUUACACUUGAGCUUUUUUUUUUUGUCAAGCACAACAGAUUUUUCUAACUGCCUUAUAACUCGGUUAUAAAGUAAAAUAAGUAAUACCACCUUUGGCUGGGAAGCUACUGCUGAAUCAAAGACUGCAGAUGAUUAGUACUCAAUAGUUGGUUGUGUACAGUUUUCUUGGUACUAAGGAUUUCAAUACAAAGUUGAACUAAUGGUAAGAUUAAUGUGAAACUACAGCGUGCACAUUUCACAUAUCUUUUCAGGUAAUGCCCUACCAAGUUUAGAAAUGUUUGUACAUGAAUACCAAAGACAAAGACUUAUUCCAGAGAAGUGUCAACAGAACAGUAGUGGUUUAGUCUGGCACUGUGCCUUUGCCCCUUUUGUACGAUAAUAAUGACUUAUUUAUUAUCUUUCAUCAUCUUCCGUCAUCGGUGUGGAGAUGCUUUGUAUCGAAAUAUAAAUAAAUUAAAUUACAACAAC